AUGAAGCGCCUUCUUCACAUGACAAACUGUCUCUUACUCACCAUUGGCACCUCCGCUGGCUCCCUCGUCAUGCGUCUCUACUUCCUCCACGGCGGCCACCGCGUCUGGCUCUCCAGCUUCCUCAAAACCGCCGGCUUCCCCCUCGCCGUCUCCUACCUCCGCCACCGGAACCGCCAACCAAAAUUAAUCUCAAUGAAGCCCUCUGUCCUCGCCGCCUCCGCCUUCGUCGGAAUCUUCACCGGCCUCGACGACUACCUCUACGCCUACGGCGUGGCGCGACUUCCGGUCUCCACUUCCGCCCUCAUCUUCGCAACGCAACUCGGCUUCACCGCGUUCCUUCAAGUGAAGCAAUGA